ACGUCCAUAGCUUCCUAUCGGAGCCAUAUUUUCGCGGAUAUUUUUCAGAGAAAUUCACCCGCUAGGAGCGUGAAAGCCGUGCUGAAAACACCGCAAUUCGGUGGCAGACAGUGCCAGUGAGUGAUUCUCCGUGUUUCCCCGGCUGCAGCUCCGCGUUUUAUGCUCAAAUCCCCACAAUAUUGUUGCUCGAUGACGUCAUAGGUUCAAGGCGGAUGCAGUAGGAAGAAAAAUAUGUCCGUUCAGCAAUUCUGCCUGCGCUGGAACAAUCACCAGCCCAACUUCAUUUCGGUCUUCUCGUCCCUCCUGCACAAUGAGACGCUCGUGGACGUCACCCUGGCGGCGGACGGGAGCCAGCUGCAAGCCCACAAGGUGGUGCUGUCGGCCUGCAGCACCUACUUCGAAAGUCUGUUCACAUCGAACCCAUGCCGCCAUCCCAUAGUGAUCCUCAAGGAUGUCCGAUACAGUGAUCUGAAGACACUGGUGGACUUUAUGUACUAUGGCGAGGUGAAUGUGUCGCAGGAGCGACUGCCGCACAUAAUAAAGACGGCGGAGAUGCUAAAGAUCAAGGGCCUGGCGGAAAUGUCAGAUGCUGCCUCACUGAGCAAAUCCGAGAGCAAGUCCUCAUCAUCAGACACUGAAACAUUGACGACAAAUGUAAUUGUGAAUGAUGAUGGUGAGUCGCCAUGGCGGACGUCGCAUACUCAACAUUCUCUCCUCCACCGGCAGCAGGUGACACAGUCCACGGGGGCGUCACAGCAGCAGCAGCAGCAGCAGCAGCAGGCGUCCCAGCAGGCGGCGCACAUUCACAGCCGACGGACACCGUCGCCGGCGACAAUGUCGCCAGCGGCGCGGCGAAAGCGCCUGCGGAAGUCGUCCACGGGUAUGCCGGAGUAUCCGAUACGCAAGGAGCAUUACGUAACUGAUGAUGACUUCCGCCCAGGUUCGGGCUCAGUGUCGGCGGCGGAGCGCACGUCGGGCGAGGAGCACAGCAAUCUUGAGGGUGGGCCCAGUGGGGCGUCGGCCAUUCACAUGCAACACAUGGAUCCAAUGUCAUCAUUCGCCACGGCCAGCAAUCUCACGUCCACCAUCAGCAAUGCGCGCAUAAUUAAGGACUCACCCAGCUCGGAUACGGAACAGCCGCAGCACGAGACGUCGCAGGAGAGUGUGGACGAGCAGGGAUCUGUGCAGCAUCAUUCAAUCGUUGUGAAAACCGACAGUGACUUAGAUCACGUGUCACAGCCGAUGCCUUUGGACAUAACUGGAUCAUCCUCAUCGGGACCGUCAGUGUCUCAGCCACAGUCUCAGCAUUCUGGUGUGCAAUGGACAGUUGUUGAGUCAACCUAUCCCCCUCGUUUCACCCUGUCGUCGUGCCCCACGAAUCUCGGCAUGAGCGGAGCGUCGCACAGUCAUCCGGAUGGUGGGCAUCAGCAGCAGGGCGGCGGAAAUGGUGGCAGUGGUAAUAGUACAAGUCAGCCGUCUGGGACGGCGUCCGGCGGUUCGGCCGGUGGGAGUGGUGAGAGCACCGGAGCGUCCUCCUCAUCUGUUCACAUGACACAGUAUCAGGGCUCGGCGUAUCCCACGCAAAUCAUCUCUGUGAACAACUAUUCGCAGCCACUGAGCACGCCGACGUCGCCGCAGGGUGAAUCGUCACUCGUGCAGAGUGUCUACAGUCAGGGCACGACGCCCAAUCAGUCGCCCAUCGACACCAAGCCACCUGUGCAGCAGCAGCCGCCGGCGCCCACGCCGGCGCCGCAGAAGAGGAAGCGCUCAGUGAAUCCGCAAGGUGAUGAGAACUUCAUUCGCGCGCUGGAAGCGGUGAGAUAUGGUGGCAUUGGAUUCUGCAAGGCGGCGAGAUUGUUCGGUGUGAACAAUCGCACGCUGUGGCUGGAGUACAAGAAGCGUGGCUAUCCAAUCAGUCGGCCCAGUAUCAAGAGUCGCAUCAAGUUGGAGCCAAAUGUGUCACCACAGCCGCCGGCGACGCCGACAAAUGAGGAGAAUACGAUGGAGAACUAUGAACAUAUCGCCCAGCCGAGCAUCAAUAUGCCCAUCUCGAGCAGCACCACGGCGGCCACACCGGAAACACCCACAUCGGCGCCCAUCAUGUGUCCGCCACACGCGCAUCCGAUGGGUGUGAUGAGUUUCCUUGACACGCGCCAUGUGGAGUUCCCGUCUGUCCACCCAAUGGCCAGACAAAGGUACCCAGACACGCCCGUGAAUGUGAAUCCGUCGGCCAUGAAUCUGCAAGGGCUGAACUUCAACACGAUGUAAUUUGGGGAAUGUUGGCGAAUUGUUCAAUUUCUCCAGCCAUACUAAAUUAUACAUAUUGAUAAAUAUAUAUAUUGUAAUGUAAUGGAUUGUAGAGAGAAGAGGAGGAGGAGGAGGAGGACAUAGGCUAAAUGGGAGGCAGAAAAGAGUAAAAUUUCAUUCAUUGAUCUAUAGCAAGAGUUCUUCUGCACACAGAUGAGGAGAAUACCCCAAAUGUAAUAGGUUAAAUAUUUUAUUGAUAAACAUUGACACACAUUGAUUAUAUAGUGUUGUGUAGGUAAAAAAGUGUAGGAAUGUAAAAGCCACAGUGUAUAAUGAUCAUGUAAAAGGGAUACUCUCUCUCUCUCUCUGUCUGUCUGUGUUUCGGGGACUAUUUGAGAUUUGAGAAGGAAAUCUCCUUGUCUGCUUGGUCAAUUAUAUUCAUAAAAAAAGGGGGAGAAGCAGAGAAUGUUGAGACAAUUUUGGGCACACAUUCAUUCAUUCAUUCAGUGAUGAGAAAGAAUUAGUCAAUGGCCUUAGAGUGACUCUUUUUUAUGGCUGAUAAGAAGAAUUUUUACACUGAGAAGCUUCAAAGAAGAUUCAAUAAUGAAAAAAAAACAUUUAUUGUGCAAUUGUAGCGCAAAUUCUACUACUUACAUCACAAUUUAAAGCAUUAUUCUUCACAAUACACCAAUAAUAAAAUCGUGUUACACGAUUGUGUGUCUCAACAGUGAUGUCCGAAUGUGUGUCCACAGUUGUUGUUCUUGCUCUGUUACGUCAAAACCAGUAAGAAAAUGAUGUGAAAGAGAAGAAAAGAUGAUGAGGCGGGAGGUUAAGCUCCAAAUCACAGUGAAGUUGUGCUGGAAAUUGCUUAUUUCUUGCUUCAAUUUUAAUACUAUAAUUUAUUUAAUGACUGUUUUAUGGAAAGACCUGAAUUUUUUUUUACAUGUAAAAAUGUGGACAAAUUUUUUAUGUCUCUUGCAAGAAUAUAUUAUAUUUCAGGCAUGAAGAAGAAAAUGAAGAUAAAAGUUGGGUGGAAGAAAGAGUAUAAAGAAAAUUAUCUCUCAUAAGUUUGUAAUGUUGUAUAAAAAACAAUUUUUUAAUCGAUAUUAUUUCCUUAAAAGAAUGUUCUUUUUUUUAAAUCUAUUAACACUAUUGAGAUUAACUGACGGAAAGUAGUGGAAAGGAGAAGGAGAAGGAGAAGAAGUGUGUUAUGAAUGGAGAGAGUACUCAUUCCUCAAUUGUAUAAGUGUACUGUUUUUAUUUCAUGUAUCGUGUAAAGAGUAAUAAUAAUAAUAUCAAAGAUGAAGAAGAAGUGCGAGGUGAAAUAUUUGUUUAGUCAUUAGUUGGAAAAAAUUUAUUAUUAUAACUUUUUACGUGUAAUUUCUUAAAUAAAUUUACUAACAACAUAUUUUUUUAUAUGUGUGAGUGAAAAUUGUAUUGAUGGUGAGGAGGAAAAUACAAGUUUUAGAUAAGUGAAAAAACAACAACAACACUAUUUAUGCACUAAAUAUUUAGAUAAAGUCUAUUAUAUAAUGAAUAAUGUAUAUUUAAAAUGAGACGAGAAAACAAAUAGGCUUAGCGACAAGAGUUAUAAAUAAAGGAAAAAGAAGAGAAAAAAAGCUACCUUAAAGGAAGAACAAGAAAAAAAAACACUUUGUAUGGAUAGAAUAUAUAUAUUUCUCAGUGUGAAUUUUGCAAAAAGAAAAAAAAGGAGGGAGAAAGGCACGUUUUAUUAUUGUUCUUUUCAAAUCAUUAUUAUUAUUACUAUUUUUAAUCAGCUUCACUGUGGCCAUAGAUAAAAAAGAAGUCUUCAUUUGCAUUCACAUGUUUUUUUCUGUCUUCUCUUUGUUGUUUGGAAAUCAAUUGGGCGAUUGCAGAACGAAUUUUUCACAGGAAGAGAGCAAAGCGUAGUUUGGUUUAGGGUAAUUUAUAUACAAUGCUAAGCAGGAGGAUAAAUAUACAUAGUUUGUCGCGAGAUAAUGUAUAAUAAAAAAAAAAUCCACCUUCUGAGGGCGAGACGCGAGAGUGUGUUGAGAGAAGAAGAAGCGCCACAAGGAGGAGAGAAGCAGUGUGUGUAAAUAGAACUGUGUCUAGACUCUUGAG